ACGGGGAGAGAGAGAGAGAGAGACACGGGGAGAGACAAGAGAGAGAGACACGGGGAGAGAGACAGAGACACACGCCGAUUAAUUUCGAUUUUUCGGGUUGGCACGAAUAUUAAUUUGGGCGUCGAAUUUGGGGCCUCCCUGCCCCUUCCCUCCUAUCCCAGACGAGUCCCUGAGAAAUAAUAAAACAAUAAAUCAGGGGGACACGAUGGCUUCACACCUUGAAUUACCGCUCGUCAAGCAAGAGUAUGAAGAACGUCCAAAACCUGGGCCGUGUUGUGACUUCACGGCGAUACGUGCCGAUGCCGCUGAAGAAGUUAACGAGAGACCGCAGGGGCUGGGGGAUUCCCGUGGAUGUGUAUCCACUCCGGAGCAAAAGCUGAUCAAGGUGGAGAUGUGGGCAGAAGAUGUGAAACAGUUCAUCGAGGUGGAGUUGCUCGAGGAGAACAUUGGUCAAGACGAAGACGAGGAAGUGGAACUCCUGUGCAAGGAGUGCGCGAAGGACUUUGGCGCGUGCCUACAGACGAGCGUGGGCGAGGUGGAUCGCGCCUCCUGCCGGACCCAGCGAGCCUGCGCCAAGUGCGGCAAGACGCUCGACAGCGCCACGUGGUGCGUCAAUAUUCUGCGUAGGAGGAGGAGCAGGACGGCGACAAGCGCCGGAGAGGAGAGAUGCCUGCAAGCGACGCCCCCCAGGAAGGCGCCCAAACCGGACGACAAGUUGUCGGGAGGUCGCGACGCGACGGGCGCCAACGACGAGAGGAAGCACGCGUGCCUGGAGUGCGGCAAGGGCUUCUCGCAUCAGUACGGGUUAAACCGGCACCUCAGGACGCACACGGGCGAGAAGCCGCACACCUGCGCCGAGUGCGGGAAGGGGUUCGCGGAGCCCUCCGACCUGAAGAAGCACUCGAUAAUGCACACGGGCGAGGCGCCGCACGUGUGCCGGGAGUGCGGCAAGGGGUUCUCGCGGCGUUCCAAUCUGGAUGCGCACUCGCGGACGCACACCGGCGAGAGGCCGCACGAGUGCCCGCAGUGCGGCAAGCGCUUCUCGCACCGCUUCCACCUGGAGACGCACGCCAGGACGCACACGGGAGAGAGGCCGCACGAGUGCCCGCAGUGCGGCAAGCGCUUCUCGCACCGCUUCCACCUGGAGACGCACUCGCGGACGCACACCGGCGAGAGGCCGUACGCGUGCCGGGACUGCGGCAAGGGCUUCUCGCAGAGCUCGCACCUGAAGAUGCACUCGUUGACGCACACGGGCGAGAAGCCGCACGUGUGCAAGGAGUGCGGCAGCGGCUUUUCGCAGCGCUCCGAUCUCAAGAAGCACUCGAUAACGCACACGGGCGAGAAGCCGCACGUGUGCGACGAGUGCGGGCGGGGAUUCUCGCUGCCCUGCAACUUGAAGAAGCACGCGCUGACGCACACCGGCGAGAAGCCGCACGUGUGCAAAGAUUGCGGCAGGGCCUUCUCAAUCCCCUCCCACUUGAAGAAGCACUCCAAGGUGCACGCCGGCGAGGAGCAGUACAUGUGCCAGGAUUGCGGCAAGGGGUUUUUGCAGAUCGAUGCUCUGAAGAAGCAUUUCUUUAGCACGCAUAUCGGCGAGUGAGGAAAGCCCUCGACGCCCACGUAGUUUGCGUUUUUUUUUGGGGUGGAACGCAGCGGCGAAGGUGAACGUGCAAAGAGAGAGGGGUGUUUUUUUUAUCGAUUUUCAAAUCAGUUUUAUUGUCGGCAGUUUUCUGUCCCCCCCCCCCCCUUUCCGUUGUUUGUUCAUCAUGGAAUUUAGCAUUUUAGUUUUUUUAUCGAACAAGUUAACGUUGAUUGUGGUUGAAUAAAGUUCACGAAAGGAUAGCGUAAAUAGAAAUGUUGUUAAACCCGCCACCACCCGACCACAGCCAAUCAGUGAGGUUUGUUGCGUAAACAAAACUUGCCAAUUCGUUACUGCUUCAGCACUAACCGGUUGUGUGUUGGAGAGUAAACCCACAACAUUUACAAUUCGAGUACCGUGAGGUUUCAAAAAACCAGCCUCGUCAGGCGAUUUUCCAGAAUAGAAUUACGUAGUCUAAUCCAAACAAAAACAACCUUUAAUAUGAAUAAUAUUGGUCGGGAAAGCCUCACUGCUACAUCGUGAUAAACAUCAACGUGGUGGCAUGUACGCUUGUAAUUCAGCACUGUGGAGGCGAGGGUUGGUGAAUCUCCCAAAUGCUGUGAAACUCCCCCCUGUGCACAUUGAGUAGGAUCCAUACAGAAUCAGAAUAUUUAUUCUGGAGGAAUCCGAUGAGCUAUAAAACUCUAGUUCACAGAUGCUCAGUAGGGGCACGGAGUAAGAACGUUACAACAACAAACAGUACAAAAACAUGAUAGGGGUACAAUAAAGAUAAACAAAUCACCCAAAGACAUACAAAUAAAACUAAACCAUCCCCAUCCUAGUACUGAGGUAUUAACU